AGGCUGCUGUCGACUCUGUUCACAAGUUGGUGAAGUUUCCCUCAGCAGGUAUCCUGCGUCCUGAACUCCUGCGCUAUGGCUCGGAACUGACUGCGUUUAUACAGUGAAGCACAAUGGCGCCGUUUGGACGAAACUUUCUUAAAGCGCGACUGAAAAGCAGGUCUAAAGAAACAGAGGAAACACCAGCUAAAGAGAUACAAGUUUUAGUAGGCAAAGAGGAGAAAGUUGUUUCUGGUGUCUCCAAGCACACAACUUGUGCUGAUGUGGUUCAGGCUUUACUGGAAGACCAUAAGACCAAACCAGAAAGUAAAAGGCUUCUACAUGGAGAGCCAAAAGAGUUCUGUCUCCUGGAGCGCUGGAAGGGGUUUGAAAGAGCUCUGCCUCCCCUGACACGUAUCCUUCGCUUGUGGAAUGCAUGGGGUGAUGAGAAACCCUUCAUACAAUUUGUUUUGGUGAAGACUAGUGAAUUUGUACCUAAAAGGGCGUCAAAGUCGAAGGGGCUCAGGUCUAAGGGAUGGGAGAAGGGUCCAGCACAGUAUGCCAGAAACCUUCCUGUGGAACGCCAGAAACGCAUGGUAAAGAAGGCCUUCCGCAAACUGGAGAAAAUGCAGAAGGAAGACAGCUCAGAGGGUUCAAAGGAAAUUGACACAAUGGUUCAACUUAUCAUUUCCCAGGACUACACCAUCCGACAGCAGCUCGACCACAUACGGGAACUGGACUUGGAGCUUGAGCUUUUGGAGCAGCAGCUGAGAGAAAGCUGUCCUGAUGAUUCCAGGCUGACUGAGAGUGCCAACAGCCAAUUGCUUUCCUUAUCCAUAUUUCAGAUUGAUGAUCAACUGCAGGAAUACUUGUAUACCAGUGAUGGUAUUGCACAAAUGGAUCUACAGGUGCUUAGACAUCAGGAACUAAUUAAUGCGCUUUCUAGAGACAUUGACCUAGAGCUAAGAAAAGCUGUUUGCACAAUGAACACUGAAGAACUCCAGGACGCAGCAGCUACAAGUCCUGAUUUGGAGUUUGACCCAAUCACUCCCCUGACCUCUGCAGAAUCUUUGGAGUUGGACACCUUGCAGAAUGAGUUGGAGGCAAGUAUGAGAGCAGGAAUUUCUCUCCACACCGAAACCCAGGACCUUGAAAAGGAGAUUCAGCAUAACACAACAUUACUGCAGUCCAGGAACCAGGAGUACCAUCACCUUAUUGCCCAGCUAAGCUCAAUGCAGUUGGAGGACAAUGCUGAGUCACCCAACCCUGUAUACCUGAAAAGCCCAGUCUGUCAGAAAACUACAGGAACACUAAGGCAAAAACUUUCACCCGGUGAUGUGACAGACACGGACUCAGACACUGGCAUAAGCUCCACUCAUAGCCAGGACUCACUGUCUCCUUGUGUGGACAGACAGCCCCCUUUGGACACUGAUGUUUAAGUAAUGGACUUGUGAAAUAAACAAUACAUAGCCCUCUUUAUCAGCUGGUCUUGAUGAGCAGGAGGUCUCCUGUAAGCUCUUUAUAAUUAGGCUUUUUUAAGGAAAUUUAUAGAAAUUGUUCGGUUUUGCUUUAUUAAAAGCAAUGGCAGUAGAAAUGUAAUAAUGUCAAAAUAACACUAUGCAUUAAUGC